AUGUCUUCCAUGCUGUUGUGGAUCUUAACUUUUGCUUUUUUUUUUAAUUUAAUUUGUAGCUUAAUAGCUUCAAAUUUAACGACACUAAAAGAUGAAGAUUUUGAAAUUAUUUAUGAGUCUCACUCAAGAAAUUUGGUUAUUUUAAGUCAAAAUCCAAAAAAAUGUAACAAUGACACCUAUUAUAUAAAUGAUGAAUGUAAAAUUAUUAACCCUCAGAUAAAAGUUAAUAUGAAUAACGUUGAAACGUGUUUAAAUAAAAAUAAAUGUUCUCAUGUAGCAAAAUAUAUAUUUGAAAAUAUUAAUAUAGACAUAACUUCUGAACAAAUUUUUUCCAAAAAACUUCCUUGCAACAAUGAAAGUGAUGAAAAAAACUAUGAAUGUAAUAAGGAAUUAUUUAUAAAUGAAAAUAUGAAAUGCAUGUGUUGUAAAAAAGAGUUAUCAGAUUUUAUUAAAGAUGAAACAGAUAAUAAUGUAUAUGAAAAAUGCAAAAAUUAUAAUCAGUAUGUUUUCACUGAUUGCAAAUGCUUAUUAAAAAAUGUUGCAAAUGAUAGUAAUAUCUAUAUAAAUAAUUGUGAAAAUUUUACAUGUAAUGGAGGUUUAUGUACACUUAAAACAAAUGGAGAUCCAUUUUGUUCUUGUUUUGAUAAAUAUUAUUUUGAUAUGAAAAAAAAUGCAUGCGUAAAACAUGAAGAUGAAAAUGAUAUUCUAUUAUAUAAGGAUAAAAAUAAUAAUUCUGAAGAAAAUCAUAAAAACACAUCUACAAUUAAUGAAUCCUCAUCCAAUGAUAAUCCUGUAAAUUCUCUCACAACUUCCUUGACAAAAAAUAGGGAGAACGAAUUAAUAGAUAAUGGAAAUAAAAAGAAAACCAUAAAUAAUUCAUGCUCUAAAAAUCAUAUAAAAAAUAAGCAUGGAAUAUGUGAACAAAAAAAUAUUUUAGAAGAAUCAGUUUGUCUUAGAAUCGAAUGUUUUAAUGAUCAUGAGAAAUCAGAAUGUUUUUGCUUAAAUAAAAAUGGAGAAAAAAUAGAUUAUAACACUUUUGAUGUUUCUUAUAUAAGUACAUGUACCCUUAAUAACAUAAAUUGUGACAAUGGAAAAUGCAAUAAUUCAUUAAAAAAAGAUAAACUCGGUUGCAUUUGUGAUGAAAAUUAUAUAUAUGAUAAUGAUUUAAGAGUAUGCAUUAAUUUUUCCUUAAGAACUUUUCUAAAUUUCACAAUAAUUAUUGCAAUAUAUGCUAUAAUGUCAAUUAUAUGUUGA